CCAUUCCACAAGCCGAAACGGCAGUGCCAUUUCCGAAACACAAACCAAAACCCUCCCCCCAACCUCCCAUACUCUCUCUCCGACCCUGCGAAACCCGAGCGACCCCUCACUCCGCCACCAUGUUCCGCCGAGCCACCACCCUCUUGACCCGAUCCACAAUUCCCCUCAGGGCCCGGCCCUUCUCCACCGACGUCGCUGAGAGUGUCCCAGCGGACUCGACUUUCACUGACGCCUGGAAGAAAGUGGUCCCGCACAUAGACCCCCCCAAGACCCCAUUGACCUUCAUGAAGCCUCGGCCUGCUACCCCGUCGUCGAUCCCCACUAAGCUAACUGUCAACUUUGUGCUCCCUUAUGCGUCCGAGCUUUCGGCUAAAGAGGUUGACAUGGUAAUAAUACCAGCGAGCACUGGGCAUAUGGGUGUUCUUCCUGGACAUGUAGCAACAAUUGCAGAGUUGAAACCCGGGGUCAUGUCGGUACAUGAAGGAACUGAUGUCACAAAGUAUUUUGUCAGCAGUGGUUUUGCAUUCAUCCACGCCAACUCUAUUGCAGACAUAAUUGCUGUAGAGGCAGUCCCACUUGACCGUGUCGAUGCAAGUCUUGUCCAGAAGGGGCUUGCAGAGUUCAACCAGAAGCUGAACUCAGCGUCAACUGACUUGGAGAAAGCCGAAGCCCAGAUUGGAGUCGAUGUGCAUAGUGCCCUCAACUCUGCGCUCACCGGCUAGUUUUACUGGUACUUGUGUGAUGUUGAUCGAGUCGGUUUUUGUACCCUCUGUCGUAUCUUUAAGGUGAUGCAAUUCGACACUGAUUGGUCUCUUGGAGCCAAUAUUUUCUCCAAAAUGUUAUUUUACUUCUCUUGUACUUGUGUGUUGAAUGUGGAAUUGGUGAACAAAUAAUACCGGAAUUUGAUGUUCUUGUUUCAUCCAAGAAAACAAAAAGAAGUCAAUACUUUGUGUUAUA